AAAAUAAAAAGCGAAAAUGUGGAUGAAAUAGUGAAAAUGUGAAUUAAACUAUUGUGCACACGAACAGUGGUGAUAAUGUGUUGCGUUAUUAGUUAGAAGGACUCCAUUAAAACGCUUCGAAACGCCUCUAAUGCGUACACAUCGAACGGCGUCUGCCACCGACCCGACUCCGCCCUGCAUACCUACAUAUGAAAAACCUGCUGCCGUCGGCCGUAAUUACAGUUAGACACUAAAAUAGCUGCACGGUCAGGUUGAGAUAAUUAAGGAACAAAGCGAGAGCGCAGCGACUGGACUGCAUUGCCCACGCACGCGUUCCAAUUGCAAUGGAAAACGAAUCCGUCAAGUCGGAACAUAGUGGACGCUCAAGACGGUCGCGAAAUCACAACAACAAUAGUAGUAAUAGCGGUGCUGGUAGUGGAGGCGGGGGUGGCGGCGGAGGAGGAGGAGGCGGAAGUGUGAACAACGGCUACCACAGGGAGCGAGAUCGUUCUCGUCAUUCCCAUCGCAGCACGCAUUCGUCCAAGUCGGGCAAGGGUUUCCAACGUGGCGAUAUGGCACCGUAUCAGACCAGUGUUAACAUGACCGGUGACGAGAGUCGGGACGGCCAGGAAGUUAUAGAAGUGCAGAUUCUACCCCAGGAUGAGAACUGGGGAGAGAAUACCACGGCAGUCACUGGCAACACCUCCGAGCAGAGUAUAUCCAUGGAGGACAUUAACAAUAUGUGGCAUCGUGAGAGCGACAAAGGAUUUGGCUUCGCCUGCCGCCGCUAUGUAGAGUCUAGCUUCUACUUUCUUCUUGGCUGCGGGGCGUUCUUCUCGCCGGUGGCCAUGGUGGUCAUGCCGCACGUUGGAUUCUUCCCGUCGGCCUUUGAUCGCCCGGAGCUCACACAGACGGUGCGCACCCAGGCGCACCUCCUGGCCUGCAGUGAGCAAUGCAAAGGCCAGCUUGUGUCGCUGGCUGCUCGCUUGCUGCUCCUGGCCAUCGGCCUGUGGGCGGUAUUCAUGCGGCGCACUUCAGCCACAAUGCCGCGCAUUUUUCUAUAUCGGGCAAUUGUCCUCCUCCUGGUUACUAUCUGCACAUUCGCCUAUUGGCUCUUUUACAUCGUGCAGGUCACGAACGGCGCCAAGAUUGUGGUGGAAACAGGCGGCGAUGCUGUCGACUAUAAGUCGCUGGUGGCCUACGCCACAAACUUUGUGGACACGCUGCUGUUCAUCCACUACGUGGCCGUGGUCUUGCUGGAGCUGCGUCACCAGCAGCCCAGCUACUAUGUCAAGAUCAUACGUUCUCCCGAUGGAGUGUCGCGCUCGUAUAUGCUCGGCCAGCUAAGCAUACAGAGGGCUGCCGUCUGGGUGCUCCAGCACUACUACGUCGACUUUCCCAUCUUCAAUCCGUAUCUGGAGCGCAUUCCCAUUUCGAUCUCCAAGUCGCAACGCAACAAAAUAUCGAACAGCUUCAAGUACUACGAGGUGGAUGGUGUCAGCAACUCGCAGCAGCAGAGUCAGAGUCGAGCCGUUUUAGCCGCCAAUGCCAGGCGGCGCGACUCCUCGCACAACGAACGUUUCUACGAGGAGCACGAGUACGAGCGACGGGUCAAGAAGCGUCGCGCUCGCCUCAUCACCGCUGCCGAGGAGGCCUUCACCCACAUCAAGCGCAUACACAACGAGCCCGUCCCUGCCCUGCCGCUGGAUCCACAGGAGGCUGCGUCGGCAGUCUUCCCAUCAAUGGCCCGAGCAUUGCAGAAGUAUUUACGAGUGACCCGACAACAGCCACGGCACACAUUUGAGAGCAUACUCAAGCAUUUGGCCCACUGUCUGAAGCAUGAUCUGUCGCCCCGAGCCUUCCUGGAACCAUAUCUGACCGAGUCGCCGGUGAUGCAGAGCGAGAAGGAGCGUCGUUGGGUUCAGUCGUGGUCCCUGAUCUGCGAUGAGAUCGUCUCCCGGCCCAUUGGCAACGAAUGCACGUUCCAGUUGAUACAAAACGAUGUCUCCCUCAUGGUCACCGUGCACAAGCUGCCGCAUUUCAACCUGGCCGAGGAAGUGGUCGAUCCAAAGAGCAACAAGUUUGUCCUCAAGCUCAACUCGGAGACCUCCGUAUGACACCAUCACAAUGCACCGCCCAUAAUCACGCCCACGCACAGCAAUCAUACACAAUCGUCCUACCUGCAUGUGUUUGUCUGAUGGCCUGUUGUGUCAUAAAGAUUUCCUCAUUCCUGGAUGGAUUUCCAAUGAAUUAUUGUAUUUUAUACGCCUAUGUAUAUGUAUAUCUAUAUCAUCGCAAGAAUCAAGCCGAAUUGGAUCAUCAAAUAGAUUAGCUAAGACCAGAAUAUCAAUCCAAUGCUCAAAGGCCCCAGUGUAUCAUCCUAGUAGACCGACACGAACACAUAUCACACGUAUCGUAUCCGUUUUAGCCCUCGAAACAUGACUUCAAAGUUCCCAAAGUAUUAAUUAUAAGAAUGAAAUGAUGAUGGUUCUUCAAUGCAGCUCUUUUAUACACGAUUUUUAUUUUAGGAAAUAUGUAUAUCUAGUGUAAAUUGGGUUUGCACGUCUCAAAUCGAAUAUCUGUUACGUUCAAACCCAUCCGUAGCCUUAAGAAUAAAAGAGAUAUUCCAGAUGGAAUUUUAGCCAAGACUUGGACUUGCGCCGACAGUGGUCCCACUCUAACCAAUCCACUGUUUGCGCGACUCGCAUGGAUUUUAAAGACGCACAUUUUAAGCCGAAACGACUAAUCCGACUAAUCCUAACUGUUCGAGUGCUAUAUGUACGUAUAUAGAACCGAUAGAACAGACGACAAAGCAAACUGUAACUCGAAUGCAACUGAUGACAAAUACAUAAUACUUUAAGCAAAGAGACUGCCUGAUAUGCAUUUUAUACACAGCAAAAACAAAUAAUUGCCAACAUUAACUAAUAGAUACAUGUACUGCAAGCCCUGUACUGUGCAUAGCAACCACGCAUACAUACAGAAUCGUGUGUAUUUUUAGAAGCAAAAUUAUAGUGAUAAGAACUUGUAUUCGUAUUCGAACAUAUACAUAUGUACGUUCCAGUGAACAAACCAAUCAUUAUAUUUACAAAAACUACUUAGAUAACACACUUUCGCUUAAGAUACAUAUAGUACAUAUAUGAUUUUUGUUUCUUUUUCUAGCUAAAUGCCUAUUAUCAAAGCACAUUUUUUUGCA